AUGGCCAAAAUCCUAAGUAUCGCUAUUGUCUGCUUAGUUGCAAUGUUUCUUCUUCUUGUAGAGAGCAAUGCUGAGAUUUUUCUUACUCCCACCGAGGCUCCAACUCCAGCUCCAGCUCCAGCUCCAGUUCCGGCUCCAAAUGGAACUACUGAAGGCAGUCUUCAACCCGAAGAAUGUGGCCCUCGUUGCGAAGAAAGGUGCUCGAAGACUCACCAUAAGAAGCCAUGCAUGUUUUUCUGCCAAAAGUGUUGUGCUACAUGCUUGUGUGUGCCUCCUGGAACUUAUGGAAACAAAGAGAUUUGCCCGUGCUAUAACAACUGGAAGACCAAAAGGGGUGGACCCAAAUGCCCUUGA